AAUUUGUUCUUAUUAUUUUGCUGUAUUUCAAUUAGUAUAAGGUUGAUUUCUUCAUGAUAUACCUACGUUAACAUCUAAUCGUUUUAAACACACCAUUAAUUAUUAUUCUUCUUUUUUUUUUAAAAAAAAAAAAAAAAAAAAUGAAACACAGACAACUGAAAUGUCAUCUGAAACUUUUAUUCUGUUCCACUAUGAUAUGCUUCACUCAAUUUCUCAUUGGCUGUUCGUAUUCAUUUUCAUCUACACUUGUGGCAGAACUUCGAGAACCUACAUCAACAAUACAUUUGACUAUAGAAGAGGAAUCUUGGAUAACAAGUAUUACAAUACUUAUAUGUCCAAUUGGCUUACUCAUAAUUGGAAUGUUGACGGAUAAAUUUGGUAGAAGAAAAACUGUCCAAAUUGUCUAUAUACCAAUGGCUUUAAGUUGGUUAAUAAUUACAUUUGCAAACUCUUAUACAACAAUAUUAAUUGGGAAAAUUAUUCUUGGAAUCCCGUUUGGCGUGAGUACGUGCAUGUUCCUGUACAUUUCCGAAAUAACUCCGGCCAACCUGCGACCGCUGUACAUAACGCUGGUCACCAUGACCGUGGGCCUGGGCAUGAUGGUGGAAUGCAUACUGGCCAUGUUCUUCAGCUGGCAAACCAUAUCCGGUAUCAUGCUCGUGGUGAGCGUGGCGAAUUUUCUCACGCUGUUCAUGGUGCCGGAACCGCCGAUGUGGCUCAGGUCCAAGGGCCGGAACGCCGAGGCGGACGAGGUGGACAAGUGGCUGGACUUGGCCUACGUGACGCACGCGACGGCCACUGUUGUGGUCGAACGACACGCGGCCGUAGCCACCACGGUGGACGCCGAUGUGCCGGCCGCGACGGCGGACGUCGACAGGAAAACGGCCACAGCCGCCGCUCCGCCGCCACCGUACUGGUCGCUGUUCUUGCGGCGCAACGUGUGGAUGCCGACGGCCAUCACGCUGACUUUCUUCGUCUGCCAGCAGGGCAGCGGCGUGUACGUGCUGCUGUUCUACUCGAUGGACGUGCUCCGGGACUGCCAUGUGCCGUGGGACAGCAACACCGUCUCGCUGUUCCUGUCCGUGGCCCGGUUGAUGGGCGGCGUGGGCUUCGCGGCGAUGCACCGCGUCCCGCGCCGGAAGCUCGUCGUGGUUUCCGGCGGAUGUAUGGCCGUGUCGCUGCUCGUCGUCGUCGCCUACAUGAGCGCGUUCGCCGGCGUCCAGGACCCGCCGUUCGCCAUGACGCUCAUCGUCGCGUUCAUAAUGUUCAUGUUCUUCGCCCUGCUGGCCAUUCUGCCGAUGCCUUGGAUACUGUGUGGCGAAGUUUUCCCGAUGCAAGUGAAAGGUGUUAUGAACGGAGUUGUACAGACAUGUGGAUAUGUUAUGUGGUUUAUGAUUUGCAAAAUAUAUCCAUCAAUGAUCUCAAAUUUAGGAGUGGAAAUCGUUUGGUCAAUAUUUGCUUUCUUCUGCUUAUUGAAUGUGUUAUUCGCUAUAUUUAUAAUGCCCGAAACUAAGGGGAAAACUCUAGAUGAAGUUUUAUUGUAUUUCGAACCACAGAAGCAAGUUGAAAAAUUCAAUAUUCCGUAAUAAUACGUUAACGAAUGUGCUUAAAGAAACCGAUGGUCAUGUUUACGUAUCAAUACAUAUUAUAUAACCCAUUUCAUAAAUAAAAAGUUAUAAUUAGUCCUACUAAUAUAAUAUUACGUCGAUGAAA